UAGAGAUAACACUUAGCUUCUGUGAGCGAACCGCUUGAUCGUGUGCAGGAAUAAUUUGUUUAGUUAUACGCUCACUUGCGUCCAGCAAUAGGGAGGAGUUCAAUGAUUAAAAAGCGCAAAGUGCUUCAUUAGAUAUAUGUAGUGGUGGCAAUUUGGAAUCAUUAUGAAUGCUCGUUCGCAAACGUUCGAUCUGACGAUGGAAGGUCGUCAGGUGGACGAAGCUGUUUCAAGCAUCUUCCAUACGAUUCUGUUUCAUCGUAGUUUGGGAAAAUUUAUGUAUACCGGGGAAGCCAUGUACUCUAUUGGAACCAUCGGUUACAUGGACGUGGACUGUGAUUUUAUCGACUUCACCUACGUUUGUUGCACUUCUCCUACCCUGGAUGAGAAGGUCAAGACCGAAAUUGGUGAGUUUAGUCGUCAGUUGCGUAGCAAUGAGAGCUCUGGGACAGGACAGAUUAGCUUAGAAUUUUUCCAACGUAAGAAAGGACGGUGGGCAUUUCUGUCCGAAAACAUCCCCUGGGAAGUGUGGACCAUUAAGUUGGAAUUGGUAAAUCUGACGAACGAGGACGAUCGACAGAUUUAUCGUGAGCAAGUGGGGGAUACUCUGUCGGAUAAGAUAGUUUACAUAACAGAGGUGAUGAAUAGACACGAUUACCUGCCAAAAACUCCAAAUCAGACGGAGUUGGAUUCGGUGUUUGAUACUUCUUAUCCGGACGUGCAGCCGUAUCUGUUCCAGUUCAAGUUUACCACCACCGGGCCCAGCAUGAAUUCUGUGGGCAAAACAGUCAAAAAGUUAUUCAAGGAAAUUUCAUUGUGACUGUACGUUGGAAGUUCGUUUUAGCAAUGGUAACGUUUGUUAGCGUCUACUCUAAUAUGAUGUGGAUAUGUGUAAUGCUUUAUUCGAUUGCAUUAUUUGUUUGGAACGCUCAGUGAGGCUUUUUAAGAAGUAGGUACAGUAUGAUGUAAUUGGAUAAGCUGACGGUGUAGUAGAGUCGUAUGGAUGGGCUUGCUUUCAAUUUUAUUUCGAGUAAUCGUUUGAGUUUCUGAUAACGCCUUAAUUGUUAAGAUGUAUUAAAAUAAUUAUAUUAACAAUGAAUGCUAAA